AUGAGCGCCCCGGUCCCGCCGGGCCGCGGAAUGCUGUUCGCCGAGACCCAGCUGAGGCGGCACGGCUGGCGCCGAGGGCAGGGGCUGGGCAGGCGGGAGGACGGCAUCGCCGAGGCCAUCCGGGUGAAGGUGAAGUGCGACACGGCGGGGGUGGGACACGACGCGGCGGAGCCCUUCACCUUCCACUGGUGGGACCACGUCUUCAACAAGGCGGCUGCCAACAUCGCUGUGGAGGCUGGGCAGGAUGGUAUCUCUGUGAAGGCGCUUUCUGAGCAGGGAGGCAGGAUCAGCAAUAAGAAGCCAUGCAAGGCUGGCAGCAGUGGUAGCCUGCUGUACGGUCGCUUUGUGAAGUCAGCCACGCUCACAGCCUGUGGGGAGGAGUCUGUAACACUGCCCACCAGCUCUGAGAGCAGUGAGGAGGAGGAGAAGCUGGACCUCUCUUCAGUCAGGAGGCUGACAGACGAGGAGCUGGUGCAAGCGUGUGGGGGACGCACAGCACACAAGGGUGCCCGUCACGGCCUGACCAUGAGUGCCAAGUUGGCACGCCUGGAGGAGCAGGAACGAGCCUUCCUGGCGACAUAUCGGCAACAGGAGAGGCAGCAGGAGCCCCUGGAGAGCAGCCAGGGCAAAAAGAAGAAAAGCAAACAGUCCAGGGAUGGAGCCAAACCCAAGGCACCACAGGGCCAGGAACCAAACAGAGAACAGGAGAAGGUGUUGGAAGAAGAAAAGGUGAAGAGGAAGAAAAAGAACCGGGAACCAAGAGAAGAGGAGCUGACAGGAGAGGAAGAGGUCAUGAGGAAGAAGAAGAAGGUGGUCAUGGAGCCAUGUGUGGAAGAGGUAUCAGGAGAGGAGGGGAAAGUCAUGAAGAGGAAGAAGCCAGAGGUAAGCACAGAUGAGGAGGUAGCAGAAGAGGAGGGGAAAGCUGCAAAGAGGAGAAAGAAAAAGAAGCAGAAAAAGAAGGACAAAGAAGAGCCAGCUGAAACAGACAUACCUCUACAAGACACGGAUGAGCCAGACUUGGGACACAGCCCUACAAAGAAGAGGAAGAAGAAGAAGAAGAAGAAGAGGGAGCCAGAGUGAGCAAGUGACAUGGCUGCUGUGCUGUGCAGCUGUCAGUCCCACCUGGCUGUCAGGGUCCAGAUCCUGGUGCUGGUGGGUGCCAUGGGGUGCUCUGAGCUCAUUCCAGAUGCCAGCACUGUGGCCCAUCUGCCUGGGG